GAAUGGAAGCAGAUGCGCUUGAACGAUUGAUGAAUCAGAUGCAGGAUUGGUUAAAACAAGCUGAAGAGUUCAUCCGUCAGACACCCCAGACUCAACUUUACACAGCAAUUGGGGUUGUUUUGUUGACUGCAGUUUUGCUUAUAUUAGUUCGUUUGUUCAAACGCACAAAGCCUGACACCAUUGUUUUGACGGGGCUUAGUGGAGGUGGGAAAACUGUCAUGUUCUACAGUCCCAUGCGUGGGAUGCAACAUGAAUAUCAUCCAUUGAACAUCCCUGUUUCCCUCAUUCAACGGUCUGUUGGUAUCUUUUAUAUGUCAAUCCAGUAUGUAGACAUAACC